AUGCAGAUUUGUCUUCACAAAUCAGCUUUGUCAUGCUACACGGGAAAAGAUGCGGACUGUAGUGCUGGGUGGCUUGGGGAAGCCUUGCACCUUCAGCAUGAUAGGAGGCAGCUGAGAGCGGGAAACAGCAUUACAAAUUGCCUGCAAACGAGGCCACGACUGCGGCUCUUGGCCUUCUAGCAUGACAAAAAUACAGCAUCACAAAUUUCGUUUUCGAUAUGGGGAGGGGGGAUUUUUC